AUGAAGAAUAGUUCCGCUUCAGAGAAAGACACCAAGUUCGAUGACAGCCUAACAGAGACAUUAGAUGAGAAAACGAAACUAACAGCCGCAGCGGAACAAACAGACAAUAGUGUAGCGAACAACAAGGAAGAAGAUAAUAAGGACAAAGAAAUAGACAUCCCGGCAGGUCAUCACUCUGCAGAAAUGGAACAUAUCUUUAACCAGUUCAGCAAGAGUGAAGACGUAAAUAAACAAAUCAUCAACGAUGAUAUGACGAAAUCAAACGAAGCCAGGAGGGAUUCUCUACCAUCAAACGAGCUACAACAAAACAUCAAUGAUACCCUACACACUCAACAAAUGCAACAAGAACCACAGCAAGAACAAGUAACACCUUUUGAAUUCAAUCGGUUUUUAGAACAGAUGAAAUCUAAAAGUGCCAAACCUAUUACUCGAUAUUUCAAGAGCUUCCUACAGGCGUUUGAGAGAAGGCCGUGGACAGUAAAUGAACAAAUCAAGAUUGUGCAGGAUUUCUUAGAUUUUAUUUAUGCUAAAAUGAGAGAAUGUGAUGUUUGGAAGGAUUUGACACAGCAAGAGUUUGAAAAUGCCAAAGAAGGAAUGGAAAAGCUUGUGAUGAACCGUUUAUACCAUGCUACAUUUUCACCCAGCACCACAGACGAUAAAGAAAGGGAUGAAAUUUUAUACCUAAAGAUCAGUAUAUUUCGCUGGAUUCGCGAAAAGCAUUUGGAUAUACCUGACACUGAACAUAACGAGUCGUUUUUGACGUUCGCAGAAUCAGAGCUGCUGAAAAUAAAUAAUUUCAAAGCUCCAAGAGAUAAGCUUAUAUGUAUUUUAAACAGUUGCAAAGUCAUCUUUGGUUUGAUUAAACAUGUUGAAGGAGACGCUGGUGCAGACAAAUUUUUACCUAUUUUGAUCUAUGUAAUCCUCAGAGCUAAUCCACCAAGAUUAGUGUCGAAUGUUCAGUAUAUUUAUCGAUUCAGAAGUCCAGAACAACUUCAAGCCGAAGCUGGCUACUAUUUAACAAACCUGAUGGGCGCCAUCUCCUUUAUAGAAACUAUGGAUGCAACUUCAUUGUCAAUCUCAAAGGAAGAAUUCGAUAGAAACAUUGAACGAACAAUGACGGAAUUAAAGCAAGAGAGGCCUUCUGUUACACUAGAUAAGCAGCAAGUCAAUUAUGAAAACGCGUUACAUCCAACGCGAUUCUCGACUGCUUUUCAACAACAACAACAACAACAAGAACAACAACAACAUCAUCAUUAUCAACAUCAUCAUCUUCUUCAGCCAUCUCCACCAUUGAUUGACGCGGCAAAAGCGGCAGCUUUGUUAGAGAAAGGCAGCCAGUUUGCACAAAAGACGAUGCAAAGACCUUUAAAUUUUGUUGGAAAGAUCUUUCAGGGCCUCGGUGACACAUCAUCCAAUAAUAGUAGAACGGGUAGCCCGAACAACGAAGAUGAAGAAAACCAUCUUCGAGACUCAUUGUCACAGCCUUAUAACCCAUAUCAACCGCACUAUGCAUCAGCAUCAUCCUACUCACCGCCAUCAUUACCUACACGCGAUCAUCAACGACAGACAUUAGCAGUACAACCUGAGGUACAACCGCCCACUCUACCGCCUCGGCCGCCACAUGAUCAAAUGAUGGCUCGAAGGAACCAGCAAUUAGAAGCCAACCUUGAAAUCCUAAAUAGCAUGUUUUCGAAUAUAGAUAGCAGCGUAUGUCACCUUGUUUUACAUGCUAAUGGAGGUGAUUUGACAAAAUCCAUUGAUAAUUUAUUAGAGAUGUCUGGAAAUGAUCCAUUCUCUAUUGAUGAAAAUGCUCAUCAUGAACAACUCCCGACAUCCACCUCGUCCACCUCACUCCCAUUUUCAGCCAUCCAACAACAGCCCGCUCCUGUUGUACCACCAAAGAACUCGCAAUUUUAA